AUGUCAACGACACAGCGAAUCUGCAUUUUUAUCUCCCUUUUUCUCGCUACCGCACCACCGCUAAUUGCAACUGCAGACGACGGCGGAAACACUCCUCUGACGGCCUACGAUGUUCUUCAGGCUUACGACUUCCCGGUGGGCAUCCUUCCAGUGGGCGUGACCCACUAUGAAAUAAAUAGAGCCAACGGCAAAUUCAGUGCGUAUUUCAAUAGUUCGUGCAGUUUCUCAAUUGAAGGUUCGUAUCAAUUGAGGUACAAGUCGAAAAUCAGUGGGUACAUCUCUAAAGACAAGCUUACCAGCCUUUCUGGGGUCAGUGUCAAAGUCCUUUUUCUUUGGCUCAACAUCGAUGAGGUCAAGAGGAAUGGGGAUAAACUUGAGUUCUCCGUGGGAAUUUUAUCUGCUGAAUUUGGGAUCAACAAUUUCUACGAAAGCCCACAAUGCGGGUGUGGAUUUAAUUGCAAAAGUAUUGAAGAGAAUCGGCAAAGAGGGGGUUAUAGUAGUAUUCCCUUUAUUUCUUCAAUCUAG